GACUGCAUGUGUGAAUGUCGCCACAGGGCGGCGCUUCUCCGUGAGUUCGAGCGGGAAAUAAUUGACCUGAACUUCCCGUGAAGCUGUAAAACGCUGCGAGCUGUUAUCGAGAAAAUCACACUUCUGUUAUUGUCGACGGACGAGGACAUUUGCAAAGUAUGAACAUAUACUUUUGUGGAAGCAUCCGAGGAGGGAGACAGGACGUGAAUAUCUACCAGAGAAUAGUGAAGAAAUUGCAGCAGCAUGGCAAGGUUUUAACAGAGCAUGUCAGCUAUGACAGUCUGUCUGAAAAGGGUGAAGAUGCAGCUUUGGAAGGAGAUAAAGCGAUUCAUGAUCGAGAUCUGGAGUGGCUGAUGAUGUCUGAUGUGAUAGUAGCUGAGGUGACACAGCCGUCAUUAGGAGUUGGUUAUGAACUUGGUCGAGCUGUGGCAAUGAACAAGAGGAUUCUCUGUCUCUUCAGACCUUCUUCUGGAAAAGUGCUGUCUGCCAUGAUCAGAGGAGCAUCGACAAACUCCCUCUUCCAUGUACAGGACUACACAGAGGAUGAAGUCGAGAGUUUCUUGGAGAAAUACUUUGAUAGUAUCACCAAGAAGUGAUGAACACAUUUCAGUGAAUCAUAAGAGAUAAGCACAACUCUAUGCUGCUCUUCUCAUUUCGGUAGGACGGUCUUCCUUUGGUGGCCAUAAGCAUUUUAGCAUUUCACAUUUUUAGUGAAAAUGUAAAUUAAGCAGUGUAUUGUUAGUACAUGUGAAUAAAUCUGUUACUUGGGAUCAUAUAAAUAAAUGGUGGUACAUAAA